CGAACAACGAACCAGCACGAGGCCCGCCAACACAACAACAACAACAACAACAACAACAACAACAAGGAUAACAAGGAUAACAACCACGAUGUCCAAGGUCAAGAUCCUCUUGGUGGGUUCGGUGGGCGACAAGCUUUCCGUCUUGCGGAAAAAGCUGCAGAGCCUGAACGACAGCAAGGCGGGGCCCUUUGACGCCUGCUUUUGCGUCGGGCCCGCGGAUCUCGGCGCYKACGGAACKAGCACGGAACCWGAGGCGGAAASGAAGGCUUUUCCCAUGCCCGUGUAUUUCCAGGAAGCGAACGSCGCUGCCGCUUCCGUGGGCRCAGACGACCAGGGCAUCGUCUCCCUCGGGGGAGCCUCUUCCAAUCUGUACCACCUCCGAGGGAACAACAACAACGGCAACGGGCUGCAAGCCUUCCGCAUCAAGCUCGGGAACGGGAAGCCCCUGCGGGUGGCCUCCUGCCCCCGGCACUAUCGGGCCCCGGCACGGGAAWYCCACAACCUACCGGAGCGGCAACYGCCCUGCGACCUCCUCCUGUCCUCCGACUGGCCGCAGGGAAUGGAGGACGUCCUGAACACCGAGACGGAGCCCCUCUCCUACGACGUGGCCGAGGCGGCCCUGGCCUGCACCCCUCGGUACCACCUCUGCCCGUCGUCGGCCCUCUUCCACGCCUCUCCGCCCUACCGGCUGCCGGGGAGCGACCACCCCGGCCGCUUUCUGGCCCUGGCCGGCGUAAGGGCCGGGAAGACGCCCAAACCGAACAAGUUCGUCCACGCGCUGGGGCUGGUCCCGCUGGCRUCCGGCCCGGAGCCCCAGGCGGCCCCCUCGACGCUGCCCUGCCCCUUUGCCRSGGGGGRCUCCCCGGCUGCGAAUGCCUCGUCGGGGCCGCAGCGCGUCCCCGAAUUCGCCAGGAGGGGGGACGCCGGCGAUGCGGCCUAUUCCCGCUUCGGCGGCAGCAAGCGGGGGCGCGAGGCCGGAAGCCACCGGGGCGACCAGACGGUUUCCCUGGAACCCCCGGAMGAUCCGACCGUGUCGACGCUCUUCUUGUACGGACUCCACAGGGACGUGACGGGGGAGCUCCAGUCCACUAGGUCGCCAAAGGUCCUCCUGGCCUUUGGCAAGUACGGCGUGACCAAGGUCCGGCACCCCCCCAGCGUCCCGACGUCGACCUACUGCUUCCUGGAAUUCCCCUCCCAGGCCGAGGCGGCGAAGUGCCUCCUGGACUGCAACGGCAGGAUUACCAUCGACAGCGUCRACCUGACCCUAAAAUGGGCCACAAAGGCAAAGCAGCAACAGCAGCAUCCUCCUCACGCCCAAAACGACCACAAGCGGCAGAGGAGGGAGCAACAGCAGCACUUUGUCACCCAGGAAGAAGCCAAGGACUCGACCACUCUGUUCUUUCAUCCCCCCCGGAACACGAAACUGGUCGCGAACAGCAGCAGCAGUAGUAGUAGCAACAGCAGCAAAGCCGCCGAACCAACACGGGAAGGAACGAGCAAGGCUUCAGACCAGUCGACAACGACUGCCAACGACRAAUCCAACAAAUCGAAGUCUAACGACGAGAGCCAAUCCAAUGCCGCAACAGAGGAUUCCGUUAAGGCCAAAGUMGAUAGUGGCACCGAUCAACAAAACGACGAAACGGCUGCGGAGGUUAAAGCCCAGGGCACCGAUGCAGAACAAACAGACAAUGRAAAAAAAUCCGAGGACACAAAUUCGAGUGCUACCGAUGCUACUACAAGCAAUGAAGGAAAGGGGGGGAACAACCAUACCGGCCCAAUUGAAACGGCGGAUGCCGCGGAGAWCGAYUCGGGAGAUGYAGAUGCAAAGCCACAAAGCAACAAACCCACGGGCUUUGCGGCAACUCUACGGGAUUAUGUACAAUCCGUGUUGGAAGAUGCCCUCAACGACGGAGUGGAGAAAGACGAGGAACGGGUCACGGCCGACAGCGAACCCGCCCUGAGGGUGGAGGUCCGGUGCAAGGACCAGUACGGAUUCCUAGAGUUUGCCUCGCACGCGGCGGCAACGAUGGCUCUGGCAGCGAUCACCAAGAGCACGGACGGUGGUCUCUUGGCGGAAGGCGGGGGAAUGCCAAAGGACCUCGUGGGAACAACCCUUCGGUGGGCCAAGGGGUCGGCCUCCAGUGCGACGGGAAACAAGAACCAUGCAAGGAAGGGAGGCCGGGAGCAGGUYCUUGAAGCGCUCGGAAUGAAACGCCAGUAUUAUCCGGCGGACGGCCGCAAGGAUUGCUGGUUUUGCCUGUCCUCUCCCACGUGCGAAACCCAUCUGAUCACUGGGGUCUACGACGAUUGGUACGCGACAAUGCCGAAGGGGCCCGUCCACCAGGGCCACGUCYUGCUGGUUCCGGUCGAACACACGAGCGARGGGGCCUGGACCCUGAACGAGGAGUGGRUCAAGCUUGUCGAAAAAACACAGAAGCACGCAUCGCAGACGUACGACUCGGAUUUGUUCGUCUUUGAGCGAGCCAUGGAAACCAGGGGGGGAUACCACACGCACAUUCAGUGCGUUCCGAUCCCGAGGGAUUCAUCCACAAAAUUGCAAACCACGAUGAUGGCCCACGCCACGGCGAGCGGGUUUGAUCUGCGACCCAUACAGUCCGACCUGGGGGUCAAGGCGUUGCUCGAGAAGGGCGACUCCUACUUUUACGCAGAGAUCCGAACCAGGUCGCACCAGCACCGUUUUCUCUAUAAGCGUGGUGACGAAACUGGGUCGGGAGUUCCUCUACAGUUUGCGAGAGAAGUCUUGGCAUCGGUGCUUGGCAAUCCGAAGCUUGCYCACUGGAAGGCUUGCGUUGUCGACAAGGAGCAGGAAACAAAUCUGGCUUCCGCCUUUCGUGACUCCUUCAAUGCUAUGUAGUAUUGGUUUCGUGGUGCAAUAUACGAAGAAGCAAUUCUGCGAGCGACARACGGUCRKCUUUGCCCGCAUUGCAAAGCGGACGUGUUUUAAAACCGACCGAAGGGGUCGUUUCAAAAAAUUAGAAAAUGUUUG